GUGAGGAAGCGCUGCCCGCGCCCCGGGCUGCCGUGGGAGGGGAAGAGCCGAGCCGAGCCGAGCCGAGCGCGGGGUGUCUCACGGGCGCCGGGGGUUUAGCCGCUGAGCUUGGGGCGACACACGGCUGCCGGGCCCGGGAUGGAGCUGGGGCGGCUGGAGUACCUGCAGGCCCUCGUCACCGAGUUCCAGGUGACAGACAGCCCAGAGGCCAAGGAGCAGGUACUGGCCAACCUGGCCAACUUUGCCUAUGAUCCCAAAAACUACGAGUACCUCCGGCAACUCCAGGUCCUGGAUCUGUUCCUCGAUAUGCUCGCCGAAGACAACGAGACCCUCGUGGAGUUUGCGAUUGGCGGUCUUUGCAACCUGUGCCUGGAUAAAACUAACAAAGAUUACAUCUUGGAGGCAAAUGGGGUAGAGUCCAUAAUCAACUGUCUCUCCAGCUCCAAUGAGGAGACGGUCAUGUCGGCAGUCACGACGCUGAUGUACCUGACAACGCCACAGUCACGCCAGCAGACCACGGCUCUCCCAGUGGUGGAGUGCAUGCUUCGCUUCUCUCUCUCAGCCAGCAGAAGGCUAAGCAAUUUGGCAACCGUCUUCCUGGAGGAUUACUGCACACCUCUGCAAGUGGAAGAGGCCAGGAAUCUAAGCAAACACACAGCAGUGGGGAUUCCUCUCCCCAAGGACUGAAGCUGUCAGAACAGUGUGGAGCUGUUGAGAGGGACACCCCCCUCUGUUUUCCUAGGCCUCUACUUUCUGCUCAGCAGGUGGAGGGUAUAUCAAGAACAACAUUAAAGAGGGAAACUGGUCAUACCAGCACUGGAUUUUAGUUAAUAGAGAGCACAGUGCAGCACUACAAUGUCAGUCAGGCCAAGCACACAUCUAAAACUGCAAGCAAAUAUU